AUGCAGAUGCACACUCCACAUCCUUCAGCCGCGUCCUCUCCCGCCGAUGUCAAAGACCCUGGUACGGAGGAAGAAGUCAUUGCAUACGUGCAGAAAUGCGUAAGGGACAGUAUCGAUGGCGUCAAUGCCCGCCGCCUGGAGAGAUCGGACUCGACCUUCCAUUUUGUUGCCCCUGACUUCAAGCAGAUAUCGGCUCAGCCAUUGGACAUAGACGAGUUCAUCCGGCUGCUCAAAGCACACUGCCAGAACUAUCCGGAAUUCUACGUACGCUGUAUGGACAUCAACACCGAUUUGGAUAUGAAGCGAAACACGGCACUGGUGUACUACAAUACCGAAACGACGGGUGCUCCCCCAGGCGUCACGAGACCUGCGUGGUCGUCGUGCGAGUUUCGAAAAGUUGACGGCAGGUGGCAACAGAUCUGGGCGAAGACGAUGCAUGGUCCUGCUCACGCUGGCUUCAACCCUUGA